AGCGCAAGGAAUUAUGGGACUUUUAGUUUUCAAAGGAGGACGGUUGGCUUGAUAACACUGAGAAGAACAAAACAAGCUAUUUGCCAGCGAAAAUAAAAUAUCAGCCUGGAAUUCAGCAUAAGUACGAGCUCUAUAAACUUUGACCCCGGAUAAUUUGUGGCGGAUUUUGUCGUCGUACGAAGAAGAGCGGCUCACUUUGGGUGAAAAAUAAACAGGAAGUUGUUAGCGUUGUGGGACGUGUAGUUCCGCUUGCAGGCCACUGGGCUUUUUAACAACGCAUAGAAUAAAGAAACAAUAAUAAAAUAACCUAAACUUAAUCCGAAGACCGUGCUUAUAGCCUCGGCGGUGAAGUAAAUAUGCCCGGGUUCACCUGCUGUGUGCCUGGCUGCUACAACAACUCGCAUCGGGACCGGGACCUGCGCUUCUAUACAUUUCCCAAAGACCCCACGCUGAGGGAGCAGUGGCUGAGGAACAUCUCCCGGGCCGGGGUCAGCGGCUGCUUCAGCACCUUCCAGCCUACCACAGGACACCGAGUCUGCAGCGUCCAUUUCGCAGGUGGGAGGAAGACCUACACCAUCCGAGUACCGUCGCUCUUUCCUCUGCGGGGCGUGAAUGAGCGCAGGAGUCGACGGGGCAGAGGCAGGAAAGUGUCCGCGGCGGUUCCUGUCACCGCCGCUGCAGCGACCUCCGGGGUUGUCAUCAACACCGUACUGGGCAGCACGGCAGAAGGAGCCGAGGGCAAUGCAGGAGGCGAGGCAAGCGACGACAACAUCACCGUGGUUCAGAUAGGCCAAAACGGGGAGUACCUGGGCACGGCGAGGCUGCCCGCCCAGUCAGAGGGGACUUGCUACACCGUGCCGAUCGACAGCGCCGACGAGUUGAUCGCCGACGACUCAUCGGUCGACACCGCGUCCACCCUGCACCAGCCGCCCGUGCAGUACGUCAGUGUGACCAGCAGCCCUCUGGACCACUCGUACUCGCUGACCACCGGCACCACGUCCGCCGAGCUGCUGCGGAAACUGAACGAGCAGCGGGACAUCAUCGCACUGAUGGAGGUAAAGAUGAAGGAGAUGAAGGCGACCAUCCGCCAGCUCAGGGUGGCCGAGGCCAAGCUGCAGGAGGAGGUGCGGGAGCGCGACCGGCUGCUGUACGGAAACUCUGUGGCUUUCAGCGUCCGGAAGAAAAUCUGAUGGGUGAAUAUCACAGGAGACGACUCCUUACAGAGACUCAGACUAAUGGAGAUGACAAAUGCAGCCCUAUUUUGUAUAAAACGACGAGCGAUGACAAUUUAUUUUCAAGUAGAACUGAUUUUUUUGUAGGCCUGAUCUUAACAAGAAGUUGGCUGGCUAGUUUCUGUAGCUUAUGUUAAUAACUUCAUUCGUAGAAACAUGCACAGUCUACUACUGGCUUGCAGCCCAGCCAAGUCAGUAAUACAUAUUUUAUUCAUUCAACCAAGAUUCAUAGUUUGCACAGACAAAUUUAGUCAGGCUCACACAUAAUCAGACUGAUGGGAAGUCGGAUGAGGAAGAUGCUCAGAUCUGCCUAGGUGCAUAGACAAUUUUCUCUUCUCUUGAGUUUAAAUUAGGAAAUUGUUGCCAGAAAUAUCUCACAGUACAUUUGCAGAGGUAAUGUAUGCCAAGUUGAACUGUUAAGAGGAUUCUUUUGUGAAUAAAACACUAUUCUUGGCACACUUAUGGUGUUGGUCAGUGAAAUAAAACUCUACCUUGAUUGUAUCUGAGUUGCCUUUCUAGGUACUUGUGUUUUUGCUGAAGAUUUUUCUGUGCAGCAGAGAAUAGACUUUUAAGGAAUUCCAUAAAACUUGAAGGAGCAGACAUGCAUUAAUUUCCAUUUGUUCAACAUUUUAAUAGGAAAGCUUAAAAAAAAAGAGAGAGAGAGAAGCAAAAACAUUUUGUUGAGAUAUUUUACACAUCUUGAACAUAUCUGUCUGCCCACAAAGUUCUGUGAAACAGCACCUGCUGGUUUCAGUGUGGUUCAUGUGCCUGUUUAUGGUCAGAUGUUUUCCCCACACACAUGAGCAGUGGAUGCAUCUCUUUAUCCUGUUCAUUAGUGUUUUAUGCCACAGGAUGUUUCCUACAUUUCUGAUUGUUGAACUUGCUCUAACGGCUCUGCUUUGCUGUCAUUAUGAAGUAAUUUUCAUUUUGACAUAAUGCUGAUUCACACUGAAUAAUUUCUCAAAUCAUGAAAAGUGUUCUCAUUUUGUCCAGUGUUACAGUAACAAAAUAGUUUUGGGUGUUUUGUUUUGCUUGUUUUAAAUAUAUUUUUUCAGAGUAGAUCAACCCACCCACAUUGCAGUCAUCUGUCAGGAGCUGUUGUUUGGACUCCAUUUUAGGAAAUAAGAGAUAAAAAAUCUCAAGUGACUUAAGGUUUGUUGUCAAAUACCAGGAGUAUUUUUUUUUUUUUAGCUGUGUUAAGUUGUGGAAAAAAAAUAAAGUUUGUAUCAUACUAAA